GGGGGCGUCGCCUCGGGGCAGGGGGGGCGGAGAGCCGCUCCGCUCCGGGGUCCUCCGUUCCAUGCGGGGAAAGGCGGCGCGGAGCUGAACCCCGGCUUUUCUAAAAUCAUAGUGGUUGUGGUAUGGAAGGAAUGGCCGAACGCAGCGGGUUCCUUACGGGUACCUCGUGUGCGGUGUGAGGGUGUGAGCGGUGUGAGGGUGUGAGCGGGCACCGACUGUGAGAAAAUGCUGGAAGCUGCGUGGCCUUCCCGGGCUCCGGAACGGCGCUCCCGCGGCCCUCCUUCCCUCCGUCUGCACGUCAAAUGUCAUUAAACACUCAUUCUUCCCACAAGAACGCCGUGCUUGAUUUUGUUUCCUGCCUCAAUUUUGGCUUCGGAAAAAGCAGCUUCAAAACACAGCCAGCCAACCAUGAGAGUCGGCGUGCGUAAUGGGCAGCCGGCGAUGCGGUGCGAUGGGAGGCCAGCAGGCUGCCAGCGGCACGGGGCAGGGCCGGCCGGCACUUCUCCUUUCAACCGCAGCCUGGAACUUCGGGAGGCGGCAGGAGGAAAAGGGCUGUCAGCGAUCCUGCGUAGCUGUGACCCAGCAAAGCUCACCCUGUCAAACCGGAGCACCUGAGCGCUGUGUGGUGCUGCGGUUUCUGAAGUUCCCCCCCAACCAGAACAAGACUCCAGAGGAAAUACUACACCAUCUGCAAAACAUUGUAGACUUUGGAAAACACGUUAUGAAGCAGUUCUUUGGGGAGAAUUACGUUCAUCAUGGGGAAAUUGUUCAACUGCCUUUAGACUUCGUAAGACAGCUCUGUUUAAAGAUUCAGCCAGAGAGGCCAGAGUCUCGCUGUGAUAAAGAUAUGGACACACUUAGUGGUUAUGCAAUGUGCCUUCCUAAUCUUACCAGGCUGCAGACCUAUCGCUUUGUGGAACCUCGGCCAAUUCUCUGCAUAGAGAUUAAGCCAAAGUGUGGCUUCAUUCCUUUCUCCAGCCAUGUUUCACAGGAGAUAAAGCACAAGGUGUGUCGUUACUGUAUGCAUCAGCAUCUCAAGGUAGCAAAUGGAAAGUGGAAGCGACCAAGUAAAUAUUGCCCAGUGGAUCUCUUCUCAGGAAAUAAACAAAGAAUGCACUUUGCUUUGAAGAGCUUAUUGCAGGAGGCACAGAACAACUUGAAAAUAUUUAAGAAUGGGGAACUAAUUUAUGGCUGUAAGGAUGACCAGGAGUGCUCCUCUGACUGGAAUGAACUUGCUCGUCACUUAAAACCUUUCUUUUUUCCUUCAAAUGGGUUGGUCAGUGGGCCACACUGUACAAGGACAAUUGUUAAAGAACUAAUCCAUGUUAUAACCCUGACGCUACUAAGUAGUACUGACGCCUGCAGGGCAGGUGAUAUGAAGACAGUUCCUGUCUCACAAGGAAGAAGCUACUGUGAAGCAAGUGCUUUUAAUAAGGAGCUGGUAAGAAAUGGUAAACACAAAUUGGAAAGCUCUGGCUUACCGAGGGGUUGUCUCCUUUAUAAAACUCUUCAGGCUCAGAUGCUUGACAUGCUGGAUAUUGAAGGACUCUACCCUUUGUACAACAGAGUUGAACAGUACUUAGAGGAAUUUCCUGAAGAGAGAAGUACAUUACAGAUAGACGGACCUUACAACGAAGCGUUCUAUGAGAAGCUGCUAGAUCUUUCAACAGAAGACGAUGGGACAAUAGCAUUUGCAUUAACAAAGGUGCAACAGUACAGAAUAGCAAUGACUGCUAAAGACUGCUCCAUCAUGAUUGCCCUUUCACCUUGUCUACAAGAUGAGUGCUCUGAGCAAAGACCUGUGGUACUAGCAUCCAAAACAAGAUUCACCUUUUCUGUUUCUGUCCUGGACCUCGAUCUUAAACCCUAUGAAAGCAUUCCUCAUCAGUACAAACUCGAUGGCAAGAUAGUAAACUAUUAUCUGAAGAAUGUACAGGCCAAAGAUGACCCAGUUAUGUCCAGUCUCUUCAAGGAGAAUGAAGACUGCACGUUAGUUCUCCACAAAGUGUAACUCUUUCCUUAGGGUUACUUUUAUUAGAACACAGUAGAAAGUGAGAGAUCAAUGGAAUACAAUUAUGGUGAUUUUUUUCUAUUGUGUUCAGUGCAUUUUUCAGCUGUGAAUGUUUUUGCUUUAAGAAAUGACUUCUAAUUGGUAUGCCUUUUAAAAGACAUGGAGUAGCACUAGAACAUGCAUUGGCUAUGUAACCUUACUGAAUGUACUUAAUAUGACAGAACAGAUAACGUGCCAUACCUUGGAACUAGAGGACAGAUCAAUUUAAUACAAAAAGUCCACUUUAGAAUUGAGAGAGCACAGAAGUAAAGGUUUCCUGAAGUAUUGCACUAACAUUGAAAACCUAAUUACUAACAAGAGAAUUGCCUUGGAGCUUGUGCUUUGGAGCCCCACUCAUACCUUCUGUAGGUAAAAGGAAUGCUCUAACAAAACCUAAUAGAAAUCUUCAGCAUUAAAUCCACUGAAAAUAGAACUGCAGUGGCUUUCAAGUGUUACUGAUCUAUGGGACUACCAUGUUAUUGCAAACACUUAAGUACUAAUGCAUGAGGUUAAGAAAACCAGACUGCCUCCAGAAAUUUUGUGAUCACUUUGUGUCUACCUGAAGCUUCUGAAACUAAGUGAAAAGGGUUAAAGGUAAGCAUAUCUGAAUGUUAUGUGAUAGCUGAACUCGUCUGACACGUUCGUCUUUUAUUUUCUAUGUUACGUGCUGCUAUUGAAGGUGAAGCCACAGCUCGCUCUUUCCUAAUAUAAACUGAGCGAUAGAAAUAAUGUAUUCUCCCUUUUCCAUAUUACUUUAGGUCUUUCAGAUCGUGUCAGAUGUUGGUAUUAGCUCAGACAUCCCACGUACUGCAUAGCAUGAGCAGCUGCUUAAAAGGCUCAUUCUUUUUAAGUGUCAGGAAAGAGAUGACAGUAUCUGAGCUUCUUUUCUGAAGCUUAGGGGGUCACUUCUCUCAUGAUGAGUACUACAGCUAAGUUUGUAUCACUACUUCAGCAAUUUAACGAUGGCUUUACUUCGUAAGCAUGGGUACGUACAGCUGGAAGCCUGUGUGGUUUUGCAGAAGGCCAUCUGCAAAGAAGAUCCUGAUUUGGAGACUUGAGGAUAAACUCAAAAUGGGGGUAGUGUGAUAAAAUCCACAGCCACUUUUCCCACAGGUGUGGGGAUUACAAACCCUAAAAUGCGGAGGUGCUAUUGAAGCUACAGUGAGCUGCUGUUAUCUGUGAUCAAUGUCUGCUUACUGGUAAUACUUUUCAAAAUAAUGUAGGCUCAUAUUUAAAAAAAACAUAUUUACAUUGAGAUCUCAAUGUGAUGUUUGAACUGUUCCGUGUUACCUGAAAUUCAAAAAGCAAAAUCAGACAAUGCUGUAAAGUUGCCUCAACUCAAGGAAGAAAGAGGAAAUGCAGAGUACCAGCAUGCUUAUAGCAGUAGGGCACCAUGUUAGCAAUCUGUUACGUUCCACUUCCAGGUGACAGUAUGCCUUUGUGGAGCAGGGUCAGGGGCUGUUCUCACUUCAGUGUGAUGCUGACUGUAAUGAGCUGGUAGUCAACAAGAGUAACAACCGCUUCUGUUGUAAGAAAGCCCAGGGGAAAAUAGGUCCAUUUUAGAACCAGAGAAUCUCCAACUGUUGGAGAAGUUGAGGAAGGAUCAUCCACAACUGAAGAGUUUUUAUGCUGUAACUUCGGAGACAUUUCAUAUGCAAAUGGAAGAGUGUAUGUUGAUAAAACAGUUUCAUUUUCAUGCAAGAAGAAGCUAAAGAUGAAAUAAAGAUUGCACAAAACUAGCUAAGCCAGUAACAUGUCAGUGGAUAAAGUAGCAAUGAAUUUUGCCUGUCUACUGGAUUUCAAACUUGAAAUUAGUCUGCCUUAUAUCUACCAAGUUAUUUCAUUGAGCUGCUGUUUGUCAAAACAAUCUCUGGCAUUGUUCUGCUGUAGAUUCUGACACAAACCAAUUUGUUCUGUCAGUUUUUCCCAAUCUUCCAGAACAGCAGGAGACUAUUGCAGUGAUUAAAAGUAAGGUAUUAUACUGUUGCUUUGAAAUUAGAUUUAAUUUCUGGUUUCUCCACCUGUUUUGCUAUUGCUGUAUAAUACUUCAACAUAACUAACAUACAGAGCAGGCAGUUGUACUGUUUAUGCAUGGUUACAGCAGCUAUGGACUUGAAAAGAAGGCCUCCUAAUAUUAUUUGGGAGUCCACAUCGUUCUCAUCUUUGGCUCUUGAUUCCAGGAACAACUUACUGUCUAAAAAUUACAUGACUUGAGAUUGUACACGUUGGUUUGAACAGCACUGUUUGUAGUGACAGCUACAGCAGGGCAGGAACUUCUGAAAAAUGCUGACAGCUCACAAAUGAGGUAAUGGUACAUGGAAUAGAAGUGAAAGAAGAUUACAAAACGUCUGUCUGAUGUGUUUGGUUUCUUCAGGGAUGAAGGUAUGAAAUGUGGUGCUUUUAUAAUGUGUUAUCUACUCCAGUUCUCCCCAGAAGUGUGAGAAUUACCUACCGUUCACAGCAAGCAGUACUCAGCUCACCCACUGGCUUUUACAGAAGCAGAAUGGGCCUUUCUGGUUUAAUUUAAUGCCAUCUCUGCCCACCACUGCUACGGAAAAGAGUUAGCAGUUCAUACAAUGACAUUAAGCAUAAUAUUUCUUAAAAAUCUUCAGAUUAUAUGCCUACUUCCAGCCUAACUUAAUAAGAAAGCUAUUCAGCUCUUUGUUCUAGGAGUCUCUUGCUGUUCUCUAGUCAUUUGAAAAUCACUGUACUUUUACAGAGCUGUGAAAUGAAACUUCCACUUUUUAUGGACUUGAUUUUGACAGUGCAUGAUCUUUUAACACUUUCCAGGCAUCUAGAAAAUGUUAAAAAGAUAAACCACUCUGGUACAUUAAUGAUUCAAAAAAGAUAAAUUUAUAAUGAAAUCACUCUGUACAUGUAACUAUUUUAUUUGGCAUUUUUGUAUUUAAAUGGCUGUAUUUAUUUUCAUGUCAUGACAAUUUAUAUAUAACGUGCCAUAAUUGUACAGAUAGCAUGUUUUAUGAGUAUGGUUUCUAAAUGGAAAAUAACUUAAUGUUUAUAUUCAAUAAAAUUAUAGACUGCGUAACACAAUAUCUUAAUUAAAACUACUUUUGAAAUUGCUA